AUGCGAGACUAUAGAGAAGUACCUCUUCAAUUUCUCUACGAAAACCUGAUUCCCGAUCGAAAAUUAGACGACACAGUCUUAUUCCUUCAAAGACAAGAGAGGGAAGCGUUUCUAGAUCUUGCCAAGGGAAUACUCGCCUGGCAUCCAGAUGCGAGAAAAACGGCAGGCGAGUUGGCAGAACAUCCUUUUCUUCAACCUAAGCAAACAAGCGCCUGA